GGGGUUGUGAUAUUAUAGUGGACUGGGCAGAUCCCCAGGAAGAACCUGACGAACAAACGAUGAGUAAGGUGAAAGUAUUAUACGUGCGAAAUCUGACACAGGACACCAGUGAAGAGAAACUAAAAGAAUGUUUCGAGCAGUUUGGCCGAGUCGAACGAGUAAAGAAAAUCAAAGACUACGCGUUCGUGCACUUUGAGGAUCGCGAUCACGCGGUCGAUGCGAUGAAGGAUCUGGACGGCAAGGAUGUGAACGGUUCUCAUAUCGAGGUGUCUUUAGCGAAACCACCGUCCGAUAAGAAAAAGAAGGAGGAAAUUCUGCGAGCACGGGAAAGGCGUAUGAACCAGUUUCUGCAGAGCAGAAUGGGGAUUGUUGGUGAUUUCGUUCCUCCCUACAGCAUGUCGCCCCAGCAUGCCGGUAUGAUGCCAGGUGCAAUGCCACCGAUGCGAGUUCCUAGCGGCGCCGGUGGUCCACGAGCUCCGAUGCGCGGCCCGAUGAGCCGCGGCGAUUAUGAUUUAGAUUAUGAUUACUACGGUUAUGCGGAUUAUCCGCACCACGGUGCCGGUGGAGGCGGCGGCGGCAGUGGUGGAUUUGCCGAUCCACCGUACUACGAUGAUUACUACCGUAGCGGUACUGGUGGGGGUGGUAGUUACCGCGAUAGUAGCUACUACUACGAUUAUCCACCGAACGCGGCGACGGCGGCGGCAGCCGCAGCAGCAGCAGCCGCCGCUGCAGCGGCUGCCGUCGCCGGAACGUCAGCAGCAGCAGCAAGCCAUCACAGCCACAGUCAGCGGGGUGUAGGCGGCGAAGGUUCGUCCCAUCAUCACCAUCACUCGUAUCACCACCAUCAUCAUCAUCACUCGGCGGGGACGGCCGCCAGAGGAAAUUUCGUGGGUUCGAAGCUACGGAAGAUUGUCGGGGUUGGUCAUGGACGUGGAAUCAUGGCACGUGGCCGAAUCGCUGGGCACCGUGGCAACAGCAACCGCCCGGGGGUCCCGCCGGGUCUGCGAGUGGGCACCGAGGGGGCUCCGGCAGCAAUCGGGGCGGCGGUGGUGGUCCGUGGGGUGGGUCAAACUCGUCUCAACGGUCGUGGCAUGCAGCGCGUCAAACCGCUACCAAAUAUACCAGCAAUCGGUAAACGUAAGUUUGACGGAGGUCACCAAAAUCAAGGGGAUAUCAAACGGCGCUACGGAGCGGCGGCAGCAGCAGCAUUAGGAAAUCUUGGUAAUAACUGGGGCAGCCAGCCGUUGCCCCAGCAGCCCCUCGGCACCAACGGUGGGGAACAGUGGUACACCGAUACCUAUUCGGUGUGGAGCUAAGAAGAGCAUCCGCAGCGAAAAAAAACAAAAA